CUGUGAGCAGAAGUCAAGCUAGCAUGAAGAGUUUUUCAAAGUUUUAAUGAAAGAAAGUGAAUAAUUUUUAGUUCAACAAUGACUUCAGUCCAAAGUAUAAGGCAGUUUGUCUGUGACCGACUAACUGUGGCUGCUCAAGAGAUUCUGGGAGUAUUUGAAGAGAAAGCAGAAACGUACGAAGCAGAAAUCGCUCGUCAACGGAGGCUGUUGGAGUCCGUCCUGUCACCCCAGAUCAAGUUAUGUCGGACAGAGCUCACACAGAUAAUAGUCCAUAAGGAGGAGGAGGUGCACCUCAGCCUGCAGCAAAACCCUGACAAUGUCACAACCUCCAGUUUGGAACCAUCACAUCCUCAACAGAUAAAAGAGGAGCUUGAGGAAGCCUGUGUCACACCACAGAAACAGCAGCUUGCACAGAAGAAGGACAAUCAUGCCCCCCCAGCCUGUGAAGAAAGACUUCAAAGAGAACAAUCUAAACCUUUGGACCCUGACCAAAGUGCAACACAUAAAGAUCUGCAACCCAGUGUCUCAAACAAAUAUAUAUCGUCUGAAUCUGUCAGGGAGAGCUCUGCAGUUUCUGCGCCAAUUAGUGACCACCAGCUUCUGUUUCACAAUUCUCAUGAAGCUGGGGGCCAAGAUCAGAAUAAUAGUAAUGCAGAAAGUGCAACUACAGUCGAGUCUAUGUCAAACAGUAAUGGUAAAGAGGGGAACUCAACAUCAGGUACAAGUGCUGAACCAACUCCAGAUAAGAACUGUGACAACAAGACAACAAGAGCUGAUGCCAUAGAGCCACGCCAUGAAAACACAACUUUAAGAAGACACAAUAAAACUGCACCAGAGAAGAAAAGCAUUGGAGAGAGCACAGCAUCAGCUACAAGUACUGCACCAACUUUAGAUAAGAGAUGUAACAAGAAAACAGCUGAAGGCAUAGAGCCACACAAUGAAAACCUAACUUUAAACAGACAAAGUAACACUGCAUCAGAGAAUAAAAGCAGUGAAGAAGGUACAACACCAGCUACAAGUAAUUAUACAAAUACAAAUCUCAGUAAUGGGGAUAAAACAUCAGCUGCAAGUGCUGAAACUUCACCACUUGAGAAAUGUAACAAUACGAACACAACAUUAGGUGGAGAUUCUGAGCUUGAGCUGCAUAAUAAAAAUGAUGAUAGAAGUAAAAAAAUAACAGUUUACAAUGAGAAAACAACAAAUGAGAAGCAGAACUUAGAGGAUACAACUUCAAGUAAAAAUACUGAAACACCAAAGAAGAAACGUGCCAAUGAGAUCACAAAAUCAAAUGGAAGUUCUGAGGAAAAGUGGAGCAAUAAGAGUACCAAAAGGAGCACAAUAUCGACUAGAAGUACCAGGCUAACUUCAAAUAAGAAGAAUACUGAAAAGACAGCUAAAGAUGCAGAAUUUACACCAAAUGAGGAAAGUAACACCAAUGAAGAAAUAGUAAAUGGAAACAGCAAUACAACACUGAAGAGGCAAAGCUCAGAUGUGAGACCAAUCUCACGUGGGGCAUCACAGAAGAAAAGUAAAAGUGAGAAGAAAACAUCAGGCCAAAAAAUGGAUCUGAAACUGAGUGACAGGAAAGCUUCAAGUGCAACAGCAGCUGCAGCACCCAAGAAAAGACCCAAUAGUGAGAACAUUUCUACUUCUGUUGAAAUUGUUGGACCAAAAUUAGCCAAAAGAACAGAACCAAGCCCAAAGAGGAAACCCAGUGAUAGACAAAUGACAUCAACAGUUACCAAGAAAACACAAAGUGAGAAACAAAAGGUUGGGAGCAAAACAUCACUCAUAAGGAAAGAGUCUACAAAAAACAAGAAAACUAACAAUGGAGAAUCAAGGUCUGCCAAAAGCAAGGAGUGUACACCAGACAAGAGACAAAAUGAUGGGACUGCAUCAUCUGGUAAAAGCAGUGAUCUACCUCCAAAGAAGAAAGAUAAAAAUGGUAGUCUACAGGAUAAGGAUAAUCCUUACAAGUGUGACAUGUGUGGUAAAGUCAUGACCAACACUGUGAACUACAAAUUCCACAUGAGAUCACACACUGUGGAAAAGACACAUGGAUGUGAAAUUUGUGGGAAGAUGUUCAGGCAGAAAUGGGAUCUAAAUAAACAUAUGAUGGUUCACACUGUUGAUAAACCGUUCAAGUGUGAUGUUUGCAGUAAAAGCUUUGGUAUGCAGUGCAGUCUUGAUGUGCAUAAGCGAGUUCAUACGGGGGAAAAGCCGUUCAAAUGCAGCGUCUGCGAUAAACGCUUUACAGCAUCCUUGAAUAUGAAGAAGCACAUGAGAAUACACACGGGUGAGAAACCGUACAGCUGUAAGGACUGUGGAAAGAAGUUUGCCAAUGGCUCUGUCUACAAAAACCACCAGCGUGUUCAUACUGGAGAAAAGCCCUAUAAGUGUUCAGUGUGCAAGGGCGAGUUUGCUACAGCGACGACUCUAAAAAGGCACAUGAAUCGUCACACGGGGGAAAAGCCGUUUAAGUGCAGUAUUUGUGGGAAAGCUUUUGGUCAUAGAUCAGAUGUGAAAGAACACGAGAGGAUACACACUGGAGAGAAGCCUUACAAGUGCACUACGUGUGGAGAUAAGUUUUCCACUUGGUUGAAACGCCACAGACAUGAAAAAUUUCACAAAAGGGAUGAAAAAAGCUCCUCUUCAUCCUAAAUACAUUUCUGCAUUCAACACACAGUAUACAGUUGAAAGGUUAAGGGUUUCACUUCAUAGGUACUCGAAACAUCCUUUGUUUUUCUGCCUGAACUAUAAUGUCUCCUACAUAGCUUCUAUGUUUACUAAUCUCAUCAUCAAAUCCAGAAAAACAUAUGAUUAUUUUUUUCUGUGUAAUUCUAUCAUUAUUAUUUCUGUACAUGUACACCAAUCAUAGCAUCAGGUUAAUCCAUACGUCACAAUACUUUACAACAUGUUUAGCUAUAUUUAUGAGGGAUGCCACUUCCUUGGCCUCUUUGAUAGUUAUGGCUACAUUGAGAUGCUGAAACUUAAAGAACUCAUACAGUUAUUCAUCAUACCUUCAGAUUUCCAUUAGCCACCAAUCAUGGAUGAGGAUGCCCUUGACCAGAAGAGGUGGGACCAGUGGCAGCUCUCGUAAAACUUUCUUACUACAAAGAGUUGCUCUAAGUGACAUUUCUACAUUUUCUCCUCUAUUAAUCUAAGUUCUCCUAAUUUCCCAUUGCAGUUUUCAGCUCUCACAAAGGCUAAGUUGACUUCCCUUUAGUCAAUGUAUAGUUAAUUUUAUUGAGCUGAUGGUUCCAUGGGAGGAUUCUGUGGUAGAAGCUUGUGAAAAGAAAAGUCUUAGAUGUGCAGGUUUAGGAGCAGAGGCUGAACAGCAAGAAUGGAAAGAUAGGACUCAUCCAGUGGAAGAUGGGUGUAGGGAGUUUGUCGUGAGGUCAGCUGAUUCAUUAGAGAGCUAGGAGUGCAGGGACAGAAUCUGACAUUUAAAGAGAUGUCAGAUGAUGCAGUUCAGGUCAGACAGUGGAUUUGAAUUAGGAGGAAUAAUGCCAGUUGUGGGCAAAAAUAAAGAUGGAGGAAACCCCUUAACUCCUUAUUUUUUGGGGUGAAUUCAGAGAAUAUGUCCUGGUUGUAAGAUGUUUAUCAGAAUUUCAUCAUUAGGAGCAACUCUUUUUAACUUAAGACACUUUGCAAAUACUGCCUCUGGUUCCCCUUUUCCCUUAUUUUGUUUAUAUUUAUAAAAUAAUUUAAAAAAGGAAUUAACUUUUGUCCACACUGUCAGGCAACAAAAAGGAGCUUGAUUUUUUUUAACAUUAAUGUUUUAUACCAAAUAUGUAAAAUAAUAUUUUGGGGAUUGCUGUAUAUUGCAAGUAAAAUGUAAGUAGUUCAAUUGAAAUAUAUAUGAACAGAUUUACUGGGUCAAAACAUUGACCCAUGAAAGACCCUGAGCUGAGCCAAAUGGAAGGGAUCUCUAAACUGAGCCCACAGUCCCAACAAUAAGCGUAAAACUAUCACGUUUUCCUCACUCUGGUUAUUAAAAUAUUUUCAGGAGUAGAUUCCAUUCAGUUUAAUUUUUUUACUUUCAGUAUUUGUUCAAAAGCCAUAAAUUGACCUCAUGGUCACUUAUGAUUUGACCAGGAACAAUAAAUCAAAGUCUGCAAGGUUUAUACAGUCAUUGCCAUUUUUGUCAUAUGGAAAAUUGGUUUAAGAAAGCAGGAUGUGCUGAUUUUAUGAAAUGUUAUAGUAAUAAACACAUUGCAGAUUGAUGUUUUUCCUUUUUGUCAUUUUUAGUAUGUUGUAAUUGUGUAACACUUCCUGUCUACAUAGGGCGAACUCGAUCAG